GAGAGCAAGUGUCCUACCCCAAAUUGCGAUGGCACCGGGCAUGCUACUGGCCUCUACUCACAUCAUCGAAGUUUGUCUGGCUGUCCGAGGAAAGAUCGUGUUACUCCUGAAGUUCUGGCUCAGCAUGAUACAGUGCUCAGAUGUCCAACACCAGGUUGUACAGGCAGGGGACAUGUUAACAGUAACAGGAGUUCACAUAGGAGGUGA